AUGCGGGCGCUCGGGGCCGUGGGAGUCGUGGGUGUGCUGUGGGCGCUGCUGGCCGCUCUGGUGCCCGGUGGCGUGUCGGAGCUGGUGACGCUGGUGCAGGAGCCGGUGAAGCACGAGUCUAGCCUGCUGAAGCCAAAGGUUAUGAUCGCCAUUGUGGCUCGUAACGCGGCGCACAGUCUUCCACACCACCUGGGCUGCAUCGAGAGGCUGGAGUACCCUAAGGAGCGCAUAGCGAUCUGGGCAGCAACAGACCAUAAUAUGGAUAACACCACUGCCAUGCUAAGAGAAUGGCUGAAAAGAGCACAGCAUGUCUACCACUAUGUGGAGUGGAGACCCAUGGAGGAGCCACGGUCCUACACAGAUGAGUGGGGUCCGAAGCACUGGCCUCCUUCAAGGUUCAACCAUGUGAUGAAGCUGAGACAGGCAGCGCUCAAGGCGGCUAGGGAACGAUGGGCAGACUACAUACUAUUUGUAGACAGCGACAACCUGUUGACAAACCCCCGUGCGCUCAACCUGCUGAUGGCUGAAAACCUGACCCUGGUGGCUCCCAUGUUAGAGUCGCGCUCACUCUACUCCAACUUCUGGUGUGGCAUCACCCCACAGGGUUACUAUAAGCGAACCCCAGACUACCAGCCGAUCAGGGAGUGGAAGCGGCUCGGCUGCUUCCCUGUUCCAAUGGUGCACAGCACCUUCCUAUUAGACCUCCGUCGUGAAUCCAGCAGGGACCUGGCCUUCUACCCUCCUCACCCAGACUACAGCUGGGCGUUCGAUGACAUCAUGGUGUUUGCUUUCUCGGCACGUCAAACAAAUGUGCAGAUGUAUGUUUGUAACAGAGAGCACUACGGUUUCCUGCCCGUCCCUCUCAAAGCACAGCAGAAUGUGGAAGAUGAAAGAGAGAGUUUCAUACACACCAUUACGGAGGCUUUGAUUGACCACGACAUUGAGCCCUCUGAGCACCUGUUCUCUCUGCCAUCACCGCAGGACACGAUAGGCUUUGACAAAAUUUUCCUGAUUAAUCUGAAGCGUCGGCUGGACAGAAGAACCAGGAUGAUGAAAACAAUGGCUACGCUUGGUCUCCAUGCCACGCUGACAGAUGCAGUGGACGGCAAGGCUCUUAAUUCGUCCCAGCUGCAGGCCUUGGGAAUAGAGAUGAUGCCGCACUACAAGGACCCUUACUCUGGUCGAGUCCUGACCCGAGGGGAGAUCGGUUGCUUCCUCAGCCAUCACUCUAUAUGGAAACAGGUGUUGGAGCGCGGCCUCGAGAAGGUUCUUGUUUUAGAGGAUGACGUGAGGUUUGAGCCCAGGUUUAAACGACGGAUGCAGGCCAUAAUGGAUGACAUAGACAAAGCCCAGCUGGACUGGGACCUCAUCUACGUGGGGCGUAAGCGUAUGCAGGUGCAGCAGCCCGAGCAGUCUGUGGAUGGUGUAAACAACCUGGUUGUGGCCGACUACUCCUACUGGACACUCGGCUACGCACUGUCGCAGCAAGGAGCCAAGAAGUUAAUGGCUGCCGAUCCCUUCACAAGGAUGCUGCCCGUCGACGAGUUCCUGCCUGUCAUGUUCAACAAACACCCCAACACUGAGUACAUGUCUUACUUUGAGCCGCGGGACUUGAAGGCCUUCUCCGUGGAACCGCUGCUCAUCUACCCCACACACUACACCGGAGAGCCGGGCUACAUCAGCGACACAGAGACCUCUACCAUCUGGGACGACGAAGCCGUGGCCACGGACUGGGACCGACAGCAUGCCCGCAAGACGGCCCAGCAGGGUCGCAUCCGCCCUGUGGCGCAGAACAGCGUCACUGGAGAUUCACCGCCUCCCGCAGCUCGGGCCUCGCGGGAUGAACUCUGAUACAGAGACCUGAAACUCGGAGAGAGAGACUCAUGUUUACUACACUUUGUACACACUGUGAACGUCAUGUGUACACACACUUGAAAAGACACUUGAACUACAAGCUGAGAUACUGUACAUUCAUUAACACACACACACAUACACACACAAACACACACACACACACAUACACACACACCACACACACUGGUGUCCAAAUGGAUAAAAGCAGAGUUAAGAUGUAAGUCUACUCUGCUGCCUGAUGAAGGGACACUGCUGAGGAGAGGAAGAAGAGGAAGAAGAAGAGCAGAAGCUGGGACGAGGGCCAGCGGGCCUUUGACAAAAGCUUUAUUUAUUCCCCAUGUGCCUCCUCUGUGCAUGUGGAGACAGUUACGGCCUGAGAAAACUUAAGCAACACAUGGAAGACAGCUAACAUUAUUUGCAGGACGUGAAAGAAAAAAACGAUCAAAAAACAUUCUCACAAAUAAAUUUUCAUAUUGUUUUUGAAGAUUAUUGUUAUUUAAAAAGAACAGAUGGGUUUUGUUUUUUUUAACGGACAGCCGAGGAAUAAAGGAAUCUUAAAGCUGCCUGAAAACAACUCUUAAGUGUGCGUGUGUGUGUGUGCCCUAUGUGUGUGUGUGUGUGUGUGUGUGUGCGGGUGUGCACAUUGACAUAUUUACAGAGCUAAACGUGUGGGAGGAAGGGAGGCUGACAUACCAUACCCAAGAGUGUCACUGCUUCAGAUGAUGUCAGACACACACACACACACACACACUGAUAGUACAGGCCUUUUUUGCCAAGCAGCAGGGCAAUAAUGGAAGUUAUUAGGCUCAGUGUUUCCAUCAUUGCAGAUAUCUCACUUGCACAGCGGGCUGGUCCUGCUAGUUAGCAUUUCAUAGCAUCAGUCAUACAUUACAUGUAGCCUGUAGGAUGUAUGAUUUGUCCACUGCAGACCCCUGCUUUCAGAAUUUCUGUGUGUUAAAUUCUUUGGAAAAAACUGCAUUAAUGGAUUAUUCAUGUCCUCAACGCAGGCUUGUUCUUCGUUCAGUUGUUGCACUGGGCGGAACCAAUAAAACAGCUUCUCUAUUUCUGUGUUUUCACUCAGUCUGCAGCAUAAACCCAUCAUUUCACAGUAAUUUGGAUUAUUAUUAUAGUUACUGUAUUGUGUUGCAGAGUUUGUAGACAGAAGCAAAUGAAAAGAAGAGAUCUCAGGCCAGAUUUAAACCUAUGACAGCAAAACAUCAACAAAACUGCACUCUUUAUCUAUGUGGGACUACAAUCGAACUUUCAUUUGGUAAUUUACUGUACUAUAUUGGCUGAUUAGCAAGCAUAAACAUGCUGCUGCUGUUCACAUGAACAAAGAAUGGAAGACAGACUUUUCCCAAAUUAAACCCUGUGAAAAUAAGCUCUGUGAAAUUUCACAAAACGGUGGUAAAACAUGAAAGGAGCUGCAACCUCCCAAUAAAUUCAAGGUUUGAGCCUUUAUCAUGUAGAGGACGACUCAGUGGGUGUGUUGGCUCCCACUGUUCACUGGCUGAGAGAAAUUCUGCUCACUGUUUUAUAGUUCCUGUCUGCUGUUGG